UUGAAGGCUUACAGUCUUCAUUUAGCCUUUCUGGGAAGCACCAAGCGGGAUUAUUUCUAUAAACCUCUCAUGGUCCCCCUUCACCAGCUAUGACGCUUCACUCGCGGCGCCAGCGCAGUACCCCUUUUCUCCAGAGGAACAUCUUGCAAGGCAUGGGAAACACCCAGUCUUCGGCUUCCAAGGCCGCUGCUUCCGGAGAUGUUUCCAACGCUCAUCAUGAAGUCCGCCCCAACAAGCGCCGUCGCAUGGAUGCCGAUCAUCAGCUCGCCGACCAAAUAUUUCAGGCACGAGACGUUGGCGACCUGCAGCGCAACCUGCGUGUCCAGGUCAACAGGAUCUUCCACAGGGCCUCGAAAAGAAUAUCCGUCGCCCCUUCCGACGAUGUCGUGAAUCUCAAAGCGCGAUGCAAGGUUUCGUUGUCUCAUGUCACCAAAGCUGGUGAAGUAUUGUUGUAUUGCAACAGCCAGCUUUGCGAUAUCAGGUCCUUCAAGGAUCCUGGCGGCCCAAACCGGAUGGCGCGCAUCUGCUUGCAACGCCCAUUCUAUAUCCCGGAAGACAGCAUGCGCAUCAAUCGCGACGACAAUGGCUCCUUUGACUUGGCUGACUCUUACCGUCUCUGUGUCGAGCUCGAAGCUGCCGGCCCAACCUUUUGGCCCCCCAUCAACAUCAACUCUUCAGGCGACGAUGCAAACCCUACCGAAGCCAUACACUGGGUUCUCGCUGCCGCAUCGUCAGAUUUAUUCACACGCAGGAAGGCACUACUAAACCUCAAAGUCAAGAAGACGCCGCAAUCCCUUGGCCCGACAGAGCAUGUCAUUGAUAUCGAUGCGCAGUGGACUACUGCCUUUGAGGCAGGCCAGAUUCGGGCCGUGGAAGCGGGUACAGAGCCCUCCAUCACAGUAUCCGGCAUGCUAGCGGCGCAGGACUCACUUCUCACGGAUUACGGCCAGGAACCAUUAUACGAGAGUCCACCGGGAACUCCAGUCAAGGCUCCCAGAAACGGCGCUGUGAAUGGGGAUGUUCACGUGGACGAGGAUCCCGAAGAAGAACUCACCCCUAAUCGGUCCCUGAGAGUGCGCGGCGCCACCAAGAAUUACAACCUGAAAGUCCUCAGUGACAAGGCCCAGGGCAGGGACAAGAAGCGGAAGAAACGCGGCGCCGCGAAUGCCGUCGAAGAGGGAACCGUCACGUAUCACCUGCCCAGCGAAAAGGUCUGCCUGGAUUCCUUCCGCUGCAUCACAUGCGGCAUGCCACAUAGCUCUCUCCCUCAGCUGCAGGUUCACCUCAUCAGUCUUCACGACCAGUAUGAGUUCCGGCCGCAGUCUCGCGCGAAAGGCGCCGAGUUCGAAGUAGCACACCGCUAUGAGACGUACACAUUUGGUCCGGAGCCUUUCGCUCUCAGAAGACCUACAAAGGCGUUCGAUUUGGACCAGUUCGCAGAGGGCAAUAUAUCAUUCUUAACAUCACGGUUUGGUACCGAAGAUCAGAGCACACCAGGGCCUCAACCACCAGGUCGCGGCAGCAAACAACCGCCUGCCAAACCCGUUCAGACACGCUCGAAGAUGCUUCUACCAGAUAUUGGACAGACGCUCUAUGACCCCAUCACCAGGGCCACAUUACAACCAGGCACCGAGUACAAGAAGCCACCCGCUAGCGAUAAGUGGCUCAUCCAGUGGCAUCGCGAUGCCCUAGCGGACUUCUCUGAUGUCCCGCCAGACGAGAGGGAGUACAUGCAGGAAUGGGACAAGUUCAUGCUCACCAAGCGCCUCUCGUCUAGCAUAUACUUCCCUGCGGCGUGGCUAAGCUUUGUGAGGCUCAAGUCAGAGUGGCUUCUCUCUUCGCCUUCUCGCAUGACUGAGUUUGGCAAGCACUUUACGUACCUGCUGGCGCGAAGCAGUCUCGACCACGGGACCGUCGUGGAGGCCCUCGACCACAUCGCAACACGCAAGGCGAAACUCGGCAUCAAGAACGGAGAGUACCCGACGCUGGUGCCCAAGGGAUCGCCUCAGGGGCCUCAUAUCCGCAAGAGCGCCGGUGGUUGCUUGGUGUGUGGGCUGACUGUUCUGGGACCGAGGCUCCUCCUGUGUACGAACCUGGAAUGCUCAAAACGGCUCUACCACUCGGAUUGCAUCAGCGAAAACGCAAAGAUGAGCGUCGAGGACCCGGAUUGGGUCUGCGAUGAGUGCUUUGACAGACCAGCGGCAGAGCGGACGUAAGAGGAUAGCCCAGCCACCGCCAGCAUUGGAAUCAAGACGGAUACGUGUAUAAAAUAAAGUAUUCACUCGCCAAAUUCGAGGAAUCAGUAGAAGAGAAGAG